CCAUUUGUUUGAUAGUAGUUAAUACAUAUAAAAUACAAACCAAACUUGACAACUUGCCAACCUUCAUAUACCCAAAAUGAACGUCACAACAGACUCCGAAACACCAUCGUACACCACCACAACCAUCAAGAGUCCACCAGGACGCCACGACUACUUAUUCGUCGUCGGGUUCUUUUUAACAACCAUCUUCCUAUUUACCAUCACCUACGUUUAUUACAUCUGCAAGCGGUCUCGAUCACCACCACCAUCUGAAACCAACGAGGAUGCACACAACCGCCACCUCAUACGAUUGUCUAGGGGUCUUGACGAAGAUGUUCUUGUAACGUUCCCGACGUCUGUUUACUCUGAGACAAAGGUGCCUCAUACUGGCACCGUUGCUAACGGAUCCGGAUGCUCUAUAUGCUUGGGGGAUUAUAUGCCAGCUGACGUAGUUCGGAUGUUGCCAGAAUGUGGUCACUUGUUUCAUGUCGGGUGUAUAGAUACGUGGUUGAAGGCUCAUCCUACUUGUCCCAUGUGUCGAACCUCGCCACUUGGCGUAUCAACUUAACAAGUUGAAUCGACAAAAAACAAAGUCGAUGUGUAAGUAAUAAUAUCAACAAGCAAAAGUAUUUAUUUAGAUAGUUAAUGUAGUAGUUUGUAAUGUCUAAGAGUUAUGUAUAUAAAUAUAUGCAUUCUUGUAAUGUUUUGGUUGGGAAAGGAAAACACCUUUCAUAUA